GGAGCUCUCCGCAGGCAUGUACGGCAAAGGCAAGAGCAACAGCAGCGUCCCGUCCGACAGCCAGGCCCGGGAGAAGUUAGCACUGUAUGUAUAUGAAUAUCUGCUCCAUGUAGGAGCACAGAAAUCAGCCCAGACAUUUUUAUCAGAGAUAAGAUGGGAAAAAAACAUCACACUGGGGGAGCCCCCAGGAUUCUUGCACUCCUGGUGGUGUGUAUUUUGGGAUCUCUACUGUGCAGCUCCAGAAAGACGAGAAACAUGUGAACAUUCAAGUGAAGCAAAAGCCUUUCAUGACUAUAGUGCUGCAGCAGCUCCCAGUCCAGUGCUAGGAAACAUUCCCCCAGGAGAUGGCAUGCCAGUAGGUCCUGUACCACCGGGUUUUUUUCAGCCUUUCAUGUCCCCUCGGUACCCUGGAGGUCCAAGGCCACCUUUAAGAAUACCCAACCAGGCACUUGGAGGUGUCCCAGGAAGUCAGCCAUUAUUGCCUAGUGGGAUGGACCCAACACGGCAGCAAGGGCAUCCAAACAUGGGUGGACCUAUGCAGAGAAUGACUCCUCCGAGAGGAAUGGUUCCUUUAGGACCACAGUCUGACCCUUGGUUAUCAUUGCAGAACUAUGGAGGUGCAAUGAGACCCCCACUGAAUGCUUUAGGUGGCCCGGGGAUGCCUGGAAUGAACAUGGGCCCAGGGGGUGGUAGACCUUGGCCAAAUCCAACCAAUGCCAAUUCCAUACCUUAUUCUUCAGCAUCUCCUGGGAAUUAUGUAGGUCCUCCAGGAGGUGGAGGGCCACCAGGAACACCCAUCAUGCCUAGUCCAGCAGAUUCAACCAACUCUGGAGACAACAUGUACACUUUAAUGAAUGCAGUACCACCUGGACCCAACAGACCUAAUUUUCCAAUGGGGCCAGGGUCAGAUGGACCUAUGAGUGGACUGGGUGGAAUGGAUUCACAUCAUAUGAAUGGAUCAUUAGGCUCAGGAGACAUGGACAGUAUUUCCAAAAACUCUCCCAGUAAUAUGAGCAUGAGUAAUCAGCCUGGCACUCCCAGAGAUGACGGUGAGAUGGGUGGAAACUUCCUAAACCCUUUUCAGAGUGAGAGCUACUCCCCUAGCAUGACAAUGAGUGUGUGAUCCGUUAACAAGUGUCGUCCUGAAGACCACAGUGAGUUGGCCCUCUUCAGAGAGCUACUGCAGAAGAAAAUUAUUCAUCCCAGUGUACAGUCUUAACAAAAGGAUCUCAGACACAAUCAGACCCACCAUUUUUUUUUCCUACCAUCUCCCCUGUUUUUUCAAGAAAGUGGGUCCCAAAUAUGAUUGAGACAACUGAGUGGCAUAACAGAACUGCCCAUGAUGGAACUGCAAUUAUCUGUGUAUGUACAUGCAUGGGUAAAUGUAUAUGUAUGUGUGUGUGGCACAGAAAUACACACAUACAUAUAUAGCCCUGCAGGACACUGUAAAAUAUUAUCACAUGACAUCUUAAGUAGAAAUGAAAAGUAGGGACUUAUAUUCCAUCUUUUUUUUUUCACGUUUACAUUCUAAUUAUUAAAAUUUGCUUGCCCUCUCCCCUCCUGAACUGUUUUACGUUGCAUAUAUCAUUGCUUUAUAAGUUAUUUUUUAAGGUGAACUCAUUUGAUAAAUCUGAUUUUGUAAAUGUCUGCCAUUAUGGAUAGGAAUAAAAUUGCUUAUAAGAGCUUUCAUUAACUUGUGUUUGAUACCAGUUACAUACCCUGUGAAUCACAAACUGUGUUGUCUCAAGAAAUAGAAGAAAGCUCAUCUUAAUUUUUUGGAGAAAUUUAAUAGUUUUCACCUAGUUUGGUGAUUUUUUUAAUACUUUGCCUUUAAAAAAAGAAAAAAAAGAAAAAAAAAGAAGCACUGAAGGUUAUUUUUCUUCUUUAAUUGAAGCCUAAUAUCUGCAAUAUCUAUUUUGAAAUGGAAGCCUGAAUUUGAUACAAGCUUCUCAGUAUAUAUAGAGUACUAUAAGGUUACUGUAUGUGAGCUCCAAUUGCUAUAGAAUCUAGCAAUAAAGUGUCAGGGCUUAUUCUGCCUUCGGGAAUGGAUUUUCUAUUUAGCACGAUCCUCUGUAGGGGUGGUAGCUAGUGGAAACACAGUAGAGUCCUUAUUAACGAAACUUGUUCUAACAAUUUAUGUUUACGUUUCCCCUUUUCAGUAAUUCUCAACUGAAUCGUAAUUAACCAUGGUCUUGAUGACACAAUCUUCCAAGCCCAUUGAGAAAUCAGAUCACUCUGGUACAUGAAUUCACCCCCCAAACCUUUCAGUAAGCAGCCAUUUUCGUGAAACAAAAUGAGGGAGUAAACCUUUUAUGACUACUAUGUCUUGUGAGGGUCUUACCUGUUGCCAUGAACACAAGAGGAACAAAGGUCUGGGGCAUUUUAUAAGGUCAGCAUGUUAGAUGUGAAAGCUGGGAACAGAAUGGAGAAAAGGUGUGUGGCCUUUAAGGAAGAGCUUCUGGAAAUAAUCCCACGUCUCUUUAGUCAAAGCUCUAAAACCAAGACUGUAGUAAGUUUAGCUCCUAGUGAGCUCCAGAUCUCCCAAGAAAAUUGAAGUUUUCAAUUGAGUAGUGGUCAAAACAUUGAUGAUCAACAAUGUGAACACAAAGUGGCUGCACUAAAAUUUAUGCCACGGACAAAAACCGAAGUCCACCUUGGACUUUGCAGAUGGAAGAGCCACUUAGGAGGAGGAGCACUUCUGGACAGACGAUGUCCAUGCAGUCUUGUAAGGGGAUAUUUUUUCAUAAAUUUGUGCUGAAGAAUUGUAUGUAGUAUGCUCAUUGCGAUGGUAGAUGCACAUGAGGAGUAACAGAAUCUCAUAACUCAUUUUUAUUUUUAUAUAUGUUAUAUAUAUGUAAAAAUAAAAACAUAUACGUAUUUUAUUCUCUUGCUAUGGCUGUUAAGGAUGAAGCUCUUGGAGGCUUAAAAUUCUGUUAAAAUAUCUGAAGUUUUGGUAGCAUUAUUUUUUAGUAAUAAUGGCUAUUUUGAUUAGCUAUAAUCUUGAACUAGAUUGUCAUUAUAUAGUUUCGUGGACUUUAUUCCCAGUGAUUAUGAAGGUUGAAUUAAUUUGCUUCUCUUUGGAAGACAUUUUGUUGCUGUCUAAAGAGAUGUCAGGAGCCCCUAUAAUUUGCAUUAAAAAAAAAAACAUAAAGCAAAACGUAAUUUCCUGAGAUCCAUCACAGUUGUCACUAAUAAGUUUCCCUGGUUAUGUCCACAGUGCAGCCCAGCUUCUCCCAGAAACAGUGCAAAGUGCAGGCAUCCUUGUAGCUUGUAUUUGUCAUCUGUAUUACCCUUGUUGGUAGCCUUCCAAGAACGAUUCUAGGACUCUUUUCUGCCCAGUUGCAGGCACAUGAUGUCAUUGCUGCUGGACUGAGGUAGAUGAAUAUAUCUGGACAUCACAUGCCAAAGCCCUUUCAUGCAGCAGGUAAGUGCCCUUGAGACAUGCCCUUGAGCCUGUGACCUGAGUCCAUCCGGGAUCUGCUGGGUGCCUCACAGGGAGCCCCUGCAGAGCAUCGCUGAGAUUGUAAGACAGUGCAUGUUGCCAAAAGAGCUGCUUGCUCUAGCAACAUUAAACAGAACUGUGGCUUUGUACUAAUCCAAACUCAUUUUUUUAUUUUUCCUCCUGUAUUUGGUAUUAUCUUCAACAGUUUAUUGGCACCUGUUAAGGAUAAAAGUCUGACCAUUACAUUAAAUCUAUGCAUAAAGCAGUACCCUUUAAAUGGAACUGCCAGCACAUAUUGAAUAUUUUUAUCAAAAUAUGUUGGCCUAAUGUAUAUACAUGAGCAUAACAUCCUUUCAGACGUAUCUUUUCUUCUGUAGUUCUUUUGAGCCUCCCUUCUAUGCAGUUUUUCUUAUUGCCAGCAAAUAUUUGUUUCCACUUUACAUUUCAUUUCUCAGACACUUAUAUUAAAUUAAACAUUGUUGCAUCAAUCCUGCAGCAUGAAUGUCAGCACAUACACUGCUGGUUUCAAAAGGAACAGAACUGGGCUGUGCUUCUCAUAACAUAUAACUCUGUGCCCUGGUACUUCAAGUUACUAGGUAUGUCAGUACUUUCCAUAACUAUACAGCCCCACAGAUUGGUGGAACAGAAGCUGUGCAAGCUUGCAGAAUUGUAGAUUUGAUUGAAUAAUUGGUGAACAUCUUGUUAUUAGAAUUCUAAUCAGAUAUAAAGUAGCCUAAUCAUCUUGCUUUUUGUGAGGAAUGCUUGCCUUCUGUGCUUACAUACAUGAGUGAAGUUGUAAAUAACUCACUGUUCAUUGCUAAGAUCAGGUGAUAACAACCAUUCUGGAACUGAACCUGUAGAAAACAACAGUACGUGCUAAAUGCUCAACUUAUAAAUUACAAGUAUCCCAUUAUUUUUUAAAUUUGCAUGGAGAUUUUUGUUUGGUCAUUUGUUUUCUUUCUUUUGCUUACGAUACUUGUAGGGUUUUCAUCACAUAAAGGAGUAUUAAUAUGGAAAGAAAGAUUAUUUCCAAGAACUGAUUGAAUACACCCAUUUAUGUUUCUAAUGCACUAAAUAUCAGUGUGUAAUGCAACUGCUGUUUUUAUCUGUCCAUAUGCAACAGCAUUGUUGAUUAUGUCAGAACUUGUCUGGCUCUGGGAGAAAUGCUCUUCUCAUUGAUGCUAGGUAGGUUUUCCACAGUGUGUUUUUAGACAGAUUUCUUGCUUUCAUUUAGAAACAAACAGAUAAUGAUUUAGAAGAUCUUUCAGGCAAGGUUAAAGUAAGGCUUUUUGUGGGGUUGGACUCGAUGAUCUCUACAGGUCCCUUCCAACCCCUGCAAUUCUGUGAAUCUGUGAUUUUUAAGAACAAGUUAUGAAAUCUUAAAAGCACAGAAAUAUGGGAAUAAUAUAUUGGAACUGCAGAAAUAGAGUCUCAUACCAUCAGAACUCUGGCAAAAAUUCUGGCCUUGUAGAAUUCAGCUGGAGUUGGGAUUCAUUUGUGGAUUUCACAGUGAAAUCAGUACUUUACCUUCUGCAUAAACCCAUGAGUAGGAGCAUCCAGACCCAGAUUUUAUCUCUACAUCUGAAUCUUGCAUAGACAAGAAUGGGGUUUAAGGCAAGGAAGAAGUUGUAUGAAUCAUGAGUAAAACAUGUAGCCUGAUGAAAACAAGUACCUUGUAUUUGCAUGCAUGGGUUGCAUUAUUUUCUUAAUUGCCUGUGCACAAGGAAGAACUGCAGUUGCACUUGAUGUUUUGGGAGUUGGUACAUGCAAAAGACAGCAGUAAUGGUGAGAUAGGUCAUUGACGCUCUGUAGACUGCCCAAAUGUGUCCUAUCUUGCCUUGGGAUGACUUGGCAUCUGAAUGACAGUCCCCCAGGAGUCUCCAGAAGCCAGCCCAGCCAUGUAUCAUCUCCACAAGGAGAGCACUGACUGCCAGAAUGACCAGCUCACUCCCCUCUUGAUUCUGCAGAGCACAGUGCCCCAUGACACAUCUCCUGUCCUCUGGAGGCGUUCAGCCUUUGCUCUCCCUGUAAAACAUGAGGAGAGUGAUAUCAUUUAUCUUAAAUAGUUGAAAAUAGGAAGAAGGGAGUAAAGCUUUGCCUCUGGAGACCAGUUCAGCAUCAUUGCACUGGGGCAGCUUCAUGAACUGGCCAAAAAUCAUUUGAAUUUUGCUCUGUUCUGUGGUUAGCAGAUGAAAAACUGCAUUUCAAGAGGAUUUAGAAUUAGAUGGGCAGUGUAAUGAGAGACCAGCUGUUACAGUAUUCAGUGUUGAACAUUAUCCUUCACUCGUUAAGAUGAAUUUUCAGUUGACAAAUGUUGCAGGGAUUUCUACUUCUCAGAUCAGUUAAUUAUUUUUAGGCAUUUUCUCCUGUUCUUAGGCUUCCCUGAUCCAGUGUUGUUGUUGGUAAAUACAGACUGAAUCUCCAGAAUUUGACCAUAUAUUUUUGCAUUUGCAGAAUAUGAAAGAGGGUUGAAAGAUAUUGAAAACAAAACAAAACAAACAAUCAAAGAAAACCUGGUAAUUGUUUUCUAUUUUAUUUCACAGUAAGUGAGGAUAGAGCCAUAGCUUCUGUCCCAAACGUUCUUGGGUUUGGUUAGGCCUUCAGGAAGGGAAUCCUGGCAAAGCAUAUCUUUAAAUUAAAACCCCCCAAACUGUUUCAACAGUGACAGCUCAUUUCUCUUUAAACUGAUCACACUAAGGAUCUAAUUCAGGAUGUAAUGACACACAACAUCUAUAAAAAAUGAGUACACUCAAAUGUAAAUGACUUAGAUUUAAAUUUCAGUGUAUGCAGCUCCCUCUGCUUUCAGACAUUAUUGGCUCCAUCCUAUAAGCUGCUGUUUGUGCCAGUUGUCCUGCUGAAACUUUGGUGAAACCGCUCAGAUAGCGUCAUUUUUCUUGUAGGAUUUCACCCUGACCUUGGUGAAAUGUAGAAUUUGUCUGAAGUGUGACAUUAUUUUGCAGAUCUAUAUAUGGAGAAAAAUACAAAGAAUCUACCAAAAUUACCAAAAUGUUGUUUCAACAUGAAAAACAGAGGAAAAAAUCCUUAGCUAAAUUACUGAUUUGAGUGCAUGCAUGCAAGUUGUUUGCCAGCACUGUCAUCUUGGAAACAAAUUACAGUAACAAAUUUAGGGAAGAUAAAUGGACUGUCUACUCAACAAUUGAAAUUCUGAUCCUGCAAACACAUGCACAUUUGUUUGAAAUAAAGCCUACACAGGCUUAAUUUUAAGCAGAUUUAACAAUACAAAUAAUAUCCUUCAGAAGAGUGAGACUGCUAAAAUGCUAAACCCAGGCUGAGCAUGGACAGUCUAGAAGUCUUCCCCAAGCUAACAUUUUAUCUCAUUUUACUGAUUUUACUGGUGCAUGAACACGUUCAUGUGCCAACAGUACUGAUAUGUGGAACAGAUAUGGCUUUCUUCUGUUUCUUAUUUUAUUUCUUAGAGCAUUGUUCACUACUAUAUUAAACGUUUUUGUGAACUUGUCCUUUCAUUUUGCUUUCAGUCAUGCAGCCAUAGUUUCCCGCAACAUAGCUAACAGCUUUGCAGUUUUAGUCUGAACUUCUCUUUGGUCACUGUUCUUCAUCUAAGCCUAAAAUAUGUAAGAAAGCCUCUCAUGUAAUGGGAAAACUUGCCAUAAAAAUGUGUAAGAGUUUUCUCGGGUACAUGUUUUCACAUUUAAUAAAAAGACAAUUUUCAGUUA